AUGGCUGCCCAAGUCCAUAUGACGGAUAGCGACAUAGCAAGAAUUUUAGAGUUCGAUGGCAAUGAUUCUACCGUUGAAGGCCUUUCUGACGAUGACUUCGAAGGCAGUCAAGAUCUUGAACCACGCCUGGAAGAGCUGGAGGAUGAAGGUUCAAACGACGACUCGAGCGAUGAUGACGUACGAUUGGCUGCUGUUGCUGCUCGUCAGACUUCAAGUCGUCGACUAUAUUUCAAGCAUGAAAAUGAUUUCACUCCAUAUCCACCAGGCAUGUACUGUCAACCUUUAGCUGCAAGUCGCGUUAAUUUGUUACAAGAACCAAUUGAAUAUUUUUUGAGAUAUAUUCCUGAAGUAAUGUUUGAAAUAAUAAGUAAUUAUUCAAACCAGACAUACUUAUUGAAGAAAGGUCAAAAUCUGAACACAACUAAGGAAGAAAUUAAAUUGUUUUUUGGCAUAUCUAUAGCUAUGAGUUAUUUGGGCUUGCCAAGGAUUAGAAUGUAUUGGGCAAACAGGACAAGGGUUGCAAUGAUAGCAGACCGCAUGACUAGAGACCGUUAUUUUAAAAUUCGGACAAAUUUGAAACUUGUAAAUGAUCUUGAGGUGGAUGAAGCAUCCAAGCAAAAUAAAUUCUGGAAAGUUAACCCUUUGAUCAAAACUGUGAGAAAAGCUUGCCUAGAAACUCCCAGAUCUCAACAUAUUAGUGUAGAUGAGCAGAUGAUACCAUUUUGGGGUCAAGUAUCAAUGCGGCAGUUCAUAAGAGGAAAACCAAACCCCUGUGGUUUAAAAAAUUUCGUGUGCACUACUCCAGAUGGUGUGCCUUUAGACUUCUUCAUGUAUGAGGGCAAAGGAGAUACAAUACUCACAACCAAUGAAGCUGAAGGUCUUGAUAUUGGCGGAAAAGUUGUGCUGAAGUUAUCUGAAACUUUGCCUGAAGGAAAGAUGCAGGCAACAGGUACUCUUAGAAAGGCAAACAUACCUAAAAACUGCAAUUUCAAAACUGACAAUGAGUUGAGAAAACAAGGACGUGGUUCUUCGGAUCAACUCGUUCGCAGUGACGGUAAUGUGGCAUGUCUAAAGUGGUUUGAUAACAAACCAGUAAUAAUGGCAUCAUCUGUUGAUUCCAAAGAACCCAUCAACAAAUGCAGACGUUGGUGUAAAAAAACUAAACAGUAUAUCCAAAUUGACAGACCAUUUGCAAUAGAGCAAUAUAAUACCAUGAUAGGCGGUGUAGAUAUGUUGGACAGGGUCAUCAGUUUUUACAGAAUUAGAGCAUGUUCCAAAAAAUGGACUGUUCGUCUGAUUUUCCACUUCUUUGAUUUUGCGGCAGCUGCUGGAUGGCUUGUAUACAGGAAUGAAGCUAAAUUGUUAGAAUGCCCUAAAAAAACAUUUUGGACUACUUGGAGUUCAAAGUGCAAAUUGCAAAUUCAUUACUUUAUUUUACACCAGCGAGGGAACAGAUACACAUAA